UUGACAUUUUGUAAAUUAAAAUCUAGGUGAAACGCGGUGCAUAUUGUCCGAUAAAAUGUUCUAUCGGUACGCGGUCAAUAAAAAUAUAACAGAAUUCCGGCAUGAAGUAGUUUCCAAAGUUUGUCAUCGAACAGCUGCCAGCUUGACUGACAGCGUGAACCAAAGCCUGCGCCUUUAGAGUGCGCAGAAGAAUUCUUGAAUCUGGCCGUCACCUGUAUUGAAAAGAGAGACAACGUGGAGAUCCCAAGACCAACGCCGGUAUGUUUAGUUUUCACAAACCGAAGGUGUAUCGGUCGACUACAGGCUGUUGCAUCUGCAAAGCCAAGUCGAGCAGUUCACGGUUUACGGAUAGCAAAAAGUACGAGGAUGAUUUCAUAGAAUGUUUCCAGCUUCUGGAACGCCGUACAGGAGAGAUAUGCAAUGCUUGUGUUCUCCUCGUAAAACGCUGGAAAAAGUUGCCUGCUGGAAGUGAUCGUAAUUGGAGUCACGUCGUUGAUGCUCGUGCCGGACCUGGAAUAAAAUCUCUGACAAAGUUCAAGUCAAAGAAUAAGAAAAAAUUGAAAGAAAUACAAGACAAACAUGACAAAAUCGUAAAGAAGAAGCAUGUUUAUCUGAAACCUGAUCGUGAAAGGGAACAAAGUCCUGUAAUGAGUGAUGAUUACACCGAGGACUUUCUGCCAGAUAAUGGAGGAGGUGGCAGUAAAAAUUCAAGCCGUGCUGGCAGUCCUACAGGAAGCGACGAUGGUUUAACAGGAGUAAAAAGGUUAGCUGUGGAACAAGGUGAAUCUGGAAUAAAAAGACGACUGCCUCAAAUACCAGUCAGUGGUUUCAUUGACCUGACAUACUUCAAGAGAGAAAAAAUCUGCUGCGGAACAAUAUUCAAAGGUCCGUACGGAGAAGUAAUGGUCGACCCAUCAUUAAUAAAACCUUGCAUUGGGUGCUUGGCUAGGCAAGAGGGACAGAGACAGGCAAACGCGGUGAGCAGUAGUCCUUCGCACAGUUCAGCAUCUGCGAGUCCUGUGCACAGUUCAGCGUCAGCGAGUCCGGCGCACAGCUUAGAUUCGACUGUAGAACCGACCGUUCCCAAACCCGUGAGCAAAUCGUUCAGUGACUCGUCUUCGGAUUCGGGCUAUGACGAGUCUUCCAAUCAGGGAGUUGGUGAGAGCAAGCUAGCGAAAAUAAUUCCAAAUUCAAAUCCGUCUAUUAAGCAGGAGGUCAAGACUAUACCUAUAAAGAGUGUUCAACUCAAGGCAAUCCCAGUAUCUGAAGCAAUCAGGCUAGACUCCGACCUACCUAUUAAAUUGGUACCUCUGAAACAGGUCGACCAAAUUUUGUACAAGCCGAUUUCGUUAGCAUCUCCUGCCAUCGUUACCACGAACUCGCAUCAAACUGUCAACAUCUCCGAGAAUCGUUUAGUCGACUUUGCUAUACACGCCUCUGCCAGACAGUCUAUUGCUAAUUAAUGUCAAUCUUUUGUAGAGUUUUAAUUUAUUCUUUCUCAUGUAUGUAGCUAGGUAGGUGUACAUUCUAGCAAUGAAUUACUUACCUUAUCAUUCUGUGAUUAUUGUCACAGUUUUAUGAAGACAUGCUCGGACAGCAAAGGCUGUGGAUGAGUAAGUCUCGAAGGAGAGAAAAAAUAUAUAUAUAUAUAUAUAUAUGCAUAUAUAUAUUUUUCAUGUAAUGUAUGUUAGAUAAUAUGAAAGCGUUUGUAUUUUUUUUAAAUUAAUACUUAGUUUGACUACUGCCUGCUAACUCGUGACUCUUCAUAAGUCAGAAAGAAAAAAAACAUCAAAUGUCUAAUGAAUAGACAAAGUGUUCAGAAAAAACGAAAAAGUUUUUAUUCUAAGACUAAGCUUAGUUGAAUAGAUCAAAACACUGUGAUGAUAGUGUUAAUUUUCACGGAGUAUAAUGUUGUUACUGAAAAAGAAAGAAAAGAAAAAAAAAACGAAAAAGAAGCUUCAAGUAAAAAAAAUGAAAUAAAAAUGCUCGACUUGUGGCAGUUUUUUUUAGGAAGUUAUUCGAGAUUUUUCAUCUCUUUCAGUUGUUGUGUAUAUAUAUAUUUUUUUUUUUUUUGUUCUCUUCCAAAAUCAUUUUAAUGCGUCUACUCCUGGUAGUAAAAUUUCUCAUCAUCCACAGCUCGAGUUUUCUGAGACAAUCUAUUGUUGCAAUUAUAUAUAUAUAUAUAUGUGUGAAUAUUGUAUAGGUAUUCCGAGAUGCCAAUCAGCUUUCAAAUCAUAUUUGGGUCCAAAAAAGAAACAACAAAAAUUUGAGCGUAAUAAUUUUUUGGAAAAGAUCGUCAUACCGAUCAUGCGUUUAUCAUACGUUUUAACAUACAUGUGCAUUUGAAAUAAAUGGCGUAAUGCUCCAUGACACUAUAAUUAGGUAACAAUUUUAAAGGCAUGGGUCACCCUUUUUCAAUCAAGUUAUCAAAAGCCGAGUUAUCAAAAUAUCAGAAUCCCGUGUUUUCAGACCGAAGUUACAUGGUUAUUUUGUAGGAUUUAAUUGAUAAAAAUGACAAUAUUCAAUUUAAUAAUGACAAAAUCAUUCAGCCGAAAUACAUAUAAACAAAAUUUGACAAACCAACGUAUGAUGACAAAACAAGAGAUUCUUCUCCGUUUCAAGAAAACGGUCUGUCUUUGCGAAUCAGAGCAAUUAUCAUAGUUUACAACCAGAUAUCAUGAAUGUUUUUUCAGGAUUUAUAGAUCUCGAAUUCUAAGCGACUUGCCUCAAAAACUGUAGUUUUGUUUGAUGUAAAAUAACAUUUGAUAUCCGAAUUAAAAUUGAAACUGCAUAGCAACAGCUAUGUUCAUAUUGAGCCAAAAAUUUAAAACCCACUAGUGAACAUAAUGAACAACAUUUUCCUAGACAUUGCGAACCUAGAAUUGUCGGACGUUAUUUAACGCCAAAAAUUUUCACCAAAUGGAUUAUUUUUUCAUCAAAUGUUCGAUGUAGCUAUAUUCGCAUUAAUAGCGUACUUUACGUCCCGAGUGUUGCUCGAUCACACAAGGGGCUCAUUUCUGAAAAUUUAAUGCGCCAAAAUGACUAUUACAGUAAUAUUCAUUAAAUAAUGCUCUAACGUUUCAGCUAACUUGUCUUUGGUUCGAAACAAAAUGCAAGUUCAAUUCAGUACGCAUUAUGUGACAAUGAUUGGUGACGUAGAUCACCUGAGAGAAUGGGAUGCAUUGUCACAUAAUUCGUUUAGAACUGAUGUCGCAUUUUGUUUCAGGCCGAAAACAAGUUAGCUGGAAUGUUAAGGUAUUAAUGAAUAUUACUGUACAUGUGUGGAAAAAUGAAACAUGGUGGGUCUUUAUGACCACCUGGAACUUUGGAGUGAUACACAUUUACCACGGUUGGUCUAUCUAGGUGUCACCCAACUUGGCUCCCAAUUCGCCGAUUCUGAGUUGGCACAUAGGUGACCCAUGUCCUUACUGAAAAUCAAUGUGUUCGGAAACAGAGCUCAGAUCCAAGUAUAGCAAUAAUAAAAGUAAUAUAAUUAUGUAAUGAAAACAUGAAGUCUGUUAAAUAGCAUCGUAUUUGUUAUGAUGAUAUAUUAAUGCAGUAUUAUUACUACAAUGGACAGCAGCGACGUGUAGAGAGAGUACGGAAACUAGAUCAGUUAAGGGACUGAGUAUUGAAUAACUCAAUGUUAGCAAUGGACUUAAUCACAUUGAAAUCUGCUAUCAAAUUGAGGCCGAAGUGUUUGGGUGUGUGUAUAUACAUAGACAACCUUUGAUAAUGGAUAGUUGGGAAGCGUGAUUCCUAAUUUUGAAAGAUGGGUACGUUAUGAAGUAAAUAGCACAAAGAUUCCUGGUGCAAAGAUCUUUAUUAUUUAGAUCUUUAUUAUUUUUUUAAACCCGCACUUUCCCAGCUGAGUUCAUAGUUUUCCAUUUAAUUUGUUCGAUGAUCACAUCAAGUAAGCAAGUUUCAAUAUGUUUACAGAUUUUAUAGAUUCAAUCUGUUGCGAACCUUUCAUUAAUUUUGAAUGAAUCUCGCUCGGCACAAACUAAAUAGUAACUUAUAGAUAACUACGUGACUUAAAUUUUAUAAUUAGAAUUGAAAUACACAAAGUAUUCCCAUUCUUCUUCAAAGUCUCAAACUUCAAUUCAGCUCCAUAGAAUGUCAAUAUUCUGCUAAUUAGUUUACAAGAGAUAUUCGGUCUUUCUUCACUUACCCCAGUAGCUAGCAAAUUAGUCAUUACUUACUGCCCAUCUUACCUAGGCUCAAUGACAAUCUUUGUAACGUAGCGGAGGAACACGUAGGUUUCUUCGCUUGGAAUCAAACAUCGAAUCUGCAAUUUGUCGGGCAACGAUAUAAAUCGUCUUGUUGCCUGACAAAUUAUAAAUUGUACAUUUGAAUCUGGAUGCUCAAUCAAGUCUCCAUGAAGUCUUAGUGAUGAACGUAAUUAUCAGAGUUUUGAAAGUGCAAACUCUUGUGCCACAUGGUCUAGUACAUAAAAAGUAAGCUAAUUAUCGGUAUACUUAUUUAUUUUAGUGAUACACUCUUGUGUAAUCGUAAUAUCUAGUACACUUCUAUUUGUAUCAAAUUUAUACUCAUUUUUUAAUGCAAAUUAAGUAUCCAAUUCUUUAUAAUCAAAUUCCCGCCACAUAGCCAGAGAGGAUAAUGUUUGAUUCCAGGUAAUAUAUUGGCGAUAUAUUGAGAAACUUAUUUAUUUUCAUCAUCUAUUUUUAAUGAAAAUGACUUACAUUUUUAAGACUUGAACAUACAUUUUUCAUAAAUCAUGAAACGCAAUAUAUAAUCGUUAUUCAUGUUAGCAUAAUAUCGGUAACGGAACCCACACAAAAAAAUUUGUGUUUCCGUAAUACCCUGAACUGAAUAAAAAACCUUACGCUGUCGAAUGGGAUGUUAAAAGUUCUAAAUCAAAUUCAAUUUGAAUUGUUUCAUUCAGUAUGUGUGAUGUUCGGAGGUAACGGUAAAUAUAUGACAUUUUCUUUUUGUUGUUUUUAUUUUCUCUGUAAAAAUAUCUUAUAUUUCGUUCAAUGGAAUACAUCAUCCAUACCAGAUAAUUACAUAACACCGUUUAUAUUAAACAAAAAUGUUUGUAUUUUAUGUUUAUUAUAUAGAUAUGAGAUAAAGUAUCAGCAGCAAAGAAAGAUACAUUUAAAUAAAUUGAUAGAUACCAUCGAAAAUAUAAAAUUGUACAUCAUUAACUCCUAAUUUGAUUGUAACCCAUUUGCUUUAGCAAAACCAGCAUAAAUUUGCCAAUUAUUGUACCAGUUAGUAAAAUUCAUUUUUAUCUUAUACCAUGUCAAGAACGAAACGUGGUAAACAUAAAUUAGUCAGCAAAUAGUAAACGUUCAAUGCGUUUAUAAGAAAUUGAAAUUACUUGACAAAGCACACAGCAAUAGGAUCACCAUGAUUAUAUGUCCGUAGCGAAACAUAUAUCAUUGUGCAAUUUAACUUAUAAAUCAAAUAUCUCAAGGAACCUUGAACACGGCUGUUUUAAUCUAACAUGUUGUCUAAUUAUAUUCUUAUCACCCAAACUAUGCAUAUAAACUAGAUAAAAUCCUGUGCCAAGUCAUAUUUAAAUAAAUUCAAUUUAAAGAUU